CAAUAAAUUUGACUCGUUGCAACGGAUUCACAAUGGAGGUUUAAUGAGAGUGGCGUUUAUUUAUUAACGACUUUGAUGUAGAUAACUAGCAGUUAGUUAGUCGUUAUAAAUCUCGGCUUCGCGUUUUGAUGCUCAACUUUUGUAGGCGAGAAGAAGGUUCGAGGGCUUAUCCCAAAGUCUUUUUCUACGUGCGGAAAUAGUCUUCAGGGCUAACGCUAUGUAGCAAGCUAAUAGCAUCCAUUUACGCGUCAACUCCGGACUUGUGAACUUGCACGCUGUUGUAAAUCAUAUACGAAGUUUGCAGGCAUGACCGAGUACAAGCUGGUGGUGGUCGGUGCGGGAGGCGUAGGGAAGAGCGCUCUCACCAUCCAGCUCAUCCAGAAUCACUUUGUGGAUGAAUAUGAUCCAACCAUCGAGGACUCCUACAGGAAGCAGGUGGUGAUCGACGGAGAGACGUGUCUGUUGGACAUCCUGGACACUGCGGGUCAGGAGGAGUACAGCGCCAUGAGGGACCAAUAUAUGAGGACCGGGGAGGGCUUCCUCUGCGUGUACGCCAUCAACAACACCAAGUCCUUCGAGGAUGUUCACCUGUACAGAGAGCAGAUCAACCGGGUGAAGGACAGUGACGGCGUUCCCAUGGUGCUGGUGGGCAACAAGAGUGACUUGAGCUCACGCUCAGUGGAGACGCGACAGGCACAGGAACUGGCCCGAAGUUACGGCGUGCCCUUUGUCGAGACCUCGGCCAAAACCAGACAGGGUGUGGAGGAAGCGUUCUACUCACUCGUGAGGGAGAUCAGAAGAUACAAGGAGACCAACCGCAGCAACAAGAAGAGCAAGAAGAACACUCAGAGACGUUGCAUGAUACUAUAGCGAUACACACUCCUCCUUUAAAGCUCUUGUCUCUCGCGCACACGCACACACAAGCCCCUCCUAUGUCAGGUAGACCACAAGAUAGCCAACAUAUUUGUUCAUUUAUUGCUGUGACUGUCCAGAUCAAACUAUGGUUGGUUAGGUUUUUAACAGCAGCAUUAAUUAAUAUAUAUAUAUAUAUAUUUUUUUUUUUAGAAAAUAAACUUUUCUCUUAAUGAUUUGUUGCUAAUACGUGUGCAGCAGUGUCACUGCACUUUGCACUAAUGACUCAUUUGGGUCAAAUUGUGAUAGGCUGAUCCCUUGUUGGCUGCUGACAUUUCAAUGAUUUUUGACAUACAUACAGUAAAGCUGUUUCCUACUGACUUAAUCUCGUUUGUUGAAAUUGGUGCUUUGCUAUGUUGCAUUAAGUUUCUUUAUGUAUACAUUUUUUCCCCUGCCAUAACUGGCAAACUUUUGCCAUGGCAUUUUUUUUUUAUAAAGAAAAAGCAUAACACACUUAAGUCAUCACACAAACAGUCUGGUAUCCCAAAUACUCACAGGUUUCAGGAGUCAGUGGGGGUUUCUGGUAUGUACAAUACAUGUGACUGCACAGGAUGGCUUUUCUGGAGGCAACGCACCCCCAAAAAAUGCUACAUGAAAUAAUUUUUCUUCGGUGUCAUGGCAUGUAAAUAAUUGGCAUUUUAGUGGGGAAUUAGCACCCCUUUGUUGAGCCGCCCUCUGUAGAAGAGAUGGUGGGGGACACACCAAAGGGGUCUCACACAGGUCACCAUUCAAGCUAGGACCACCUCUACUUGUACGAGCUCUAGGUUUUUGUGUGAAUGAGCACAGUUGGGUUGAACAGAAGAGUCAAGGGAACAUAAAUGUUUAUUUAAAAAAAAAAAAAAUGCUUUGCAGUGUCAACCACCUUCCAUGACUUUUCUUUUCUGCUUUUCGAGUUUUGACUUGACGCACAAGUGGUGUCUGUAGCUGUAUUUCUAAGUAGAGCAUCUUGAAAGUGAAAGUUGCCACAUUAUUAUGUCAGCUGUCUCAGAUCCUGUUUAGUAAGAAACAUGAAAUCACGCUCAUAUGACAAAGAUUAGCUGCAACAAAUUAAAUUGUAUUCAAAUUCAACCCUUAAAUAACUUACUGAUUGAAAUACAAUUUAUUUUAGUUUAGAAUGAUCUUCUAUUGAGAACUCUGUCGGACAGACGCUCUAAGCAAAGCGAUCACAAAAUGUGGAGCAGGAACCCAAACAGUAACCUUGUACACUACUUAGUUGUAGUAUUAAUCCUGGCUUAAUCCUUUUGACUGAGAUCCACUGACAGUGUUGUCACCUGCUCUUAAGUGGUAACUACUUGCGGAUAAAGUUGUGUAAAUCAAACUGAGCUCUUCAUUAAGAGGCCAUUGACAUGGAGUCAAUGAAGUGCAGUCAUUUGGCAGAAUUUUUUAUUUUUUUUAAAGAACAAACCGCCCUCUAGUGGAGAUGUAAAAUUCUACAACGUCAACCCUGUAAUAGUUUAACUUGUUAAAACUACUCCAUGUUUCUUUAUGGUGAUUGUGAUUACUGAUAGACCCAAAUUAAAAUGUAUUAUGUUCAAGGUAAAGAUUUUUAUGAAAUAUUCUCAAACCAGCUUUAAAUGCUAUAGCUGCUUUUCUUGGCUACGCCGAAGCGUUUUUUUUUUUGGGGGGGGGGGGUUGUUUAAUUGAAUGUACUGGUUAUGUAAAAUAAUUAUUUACAAUAAAGUAUUAGAUUUAAAAAAAAAAAAAAAAAAAAAGCUUAAACUGCAAACUCCCC